AUGGCAAGCAAUCCAUCUUCGACAGCAUCCGUCACUCAACCUGAAUCUGAAAUUCUUAAAAGAAAGUCAAAUGACAUCGGAUGGGAGUUUGGGAUGUUGAUUGAUCCUAAAAAUCUCGACAAAAUUAAAUGCAAGUUAUGUGGAAAAAUAAUCUCCUCCUCUCAUGCCCUCUCCUUCCAACUCCUCUCUGGCAAACCCCUCUCCAGCGAGCCCCUCUCUGUGAACCACUCCUCCGAACUCCUCUCCGUCAAGACCGCGGGCAGAUCCUGGCACCUCCGAUCCAUCCAUCGCCUCCGAUCCGUCAUCUCAUUCACACUUCAUGCCCUAAUCUCUUCGCCUCCGAUCUGUCGCCUCAUUCACGCUUCCUUUACACUGCCCAAUCUCUUUGACCCCACCUUCGUCAAGCGGCAGAUCCCGGCGCUGAGGCGAUCGACCACGGCAGAUCGACCCAUCUCUUCGCCUCCUUCGCCCCCGACGCUGAGGCAGUGUGACCACGGCAGAUCCCGGUGUCUUUUGCUCCUGCCUUCGCUGGACCAGUACCGAUUGCAUACUGGAAAAGAACAGGAGCAGAAGAAUGUGGUGCCUUUACCCUCUGUGAUUAAGGGAGUUUUGCUUCAGCAGCUAGUUCAGGCCACGGUUGCAGGGCUCAUGUUCUUGGUAUUGGUUGCUAGUGAUCUAAUACUUCUUUGUCAUCAGUUAGAAACACAAUGUCCACCUACACACCAUGGAAGCAAGAACCUCGAAGGAGUAUGGUUCACACAAGCGGAGUAUUCUCGAGAAGAAAUUGAUGAGGCCCGAACCAAGGCCGGUGUCUCACUUGGGCCGGCCCAACGAUAUAUUUUUUUUAUUAUUAAAGCUCUGCCCCUGCUCCUGCAAUUGUUCGCCGUUCGGGAUUGGUGGUGGUGGUGGCCGACAGCCUUCGGAGCAGCACGCACGUACUACUUCGCCUCGCCCAUGGCAGCCGCAGCUGCGAGGAGCCCUGGUUCUCCUGCGGCAUUCUCUGCUGGAUCCCCCAGGCCUACUCUCAAGAGGGUCGGCACCCACAACGGCAGCUUCCACUGCGAUGAGGCCCUGGGAUGCUUCAUCAUCCGACUCACUGACAAGUUCUCUGGUGCCGAGAUUGUACGAACAAGAGAUCCCCAGCACCUUGAAACCCUUGAUGCAGUGCUUGACGUUGGCGGUGUAUAUGAUCCUAGCCGAGACCGUUAUGAUCAUCACCAAAAAGGAUUUCAGGAAAUUUUUGGCUACGGGUUCAGCACCAAGCUUAGUAGCGCUGGGCUUGUCUAUAAGCAUUAUGGAAAGGAGAUAAUUGCUAAGGAGCUUCAGCUUGAUGAGGGACAUAUAAAUGUACAACGACUAUACCUUGCUGUUUACAAAAGCUUUAUUGAGGCAAUUGAUGCUAUUGAUAAUGGGAUCAACCAGUACGACACUGAUCAGCCUCCAAAAUAUGUGAAUAAUACACAUUUGUCUUCAAGAGUUGGUCGUUUAAAUUUGGACUGGAUGGAUCUUGAUCAAUCUUCUGAGAAGGAAAAUGAAGCCUUUCAGCAGGCAAUGAUACUUGCUGGUGGAGAAUUCUUGGAUAGUGUAAGGUUUCAUGCUAGAUCAUGGUUACCUGCAAGAUCCAUAGUUGCUGAAUGUCUAGCUACAAGAGGAAAUGCUGAUCCAAGUGGUGAAAUUAUGGUUUUGGAUAGAUUUUGCCCGUGGAAACUUCAUUUGUUUGAGCUUGAAGAGGAUCUUAAAAUCAUACCUCUUGUUAAGUAUGUUCUUUAUCAGGAUGAAAGGAGUGGAAGUUGGAGAGUGCAAGCUGUGUCAGUUUCUCCUGACAGGUUCGAGAGCAGAAAGCCUCUUCCACUAUCUUGGAGGGGCUUGAGAGAUCAAGAACUUUCAGAUAAGUCUGGUAUUCCUGGAUGUGUUUUUGUUCAUAUCAGUGGAUUCAUUGGUGGAAAUCAAACUUAUCACGGAGCCUUGGCUAUGGCAAAAAGGGCUCUCACAUCAUGAUUCUUGUCCCUGAUCUCAAUCGCAUCAUCUUUGGAACUUUUAUCUAGAAAUUGUUACACACCAAGUGGCAGAACGUAGACAUUAUAUAAUGCAUGAGUUUCUUUGAGAUCCCUUAACAUGUAUUUAUUGAGCAGAUUAUUUUCAGAUUUUGUUCAAUCUUGUAAAAUUGUUCUCUGCUAUAGCACAUAUCAAUUAGCCUUUGUAGAGAGGCUUGUUUUAGAACUAUAUAAUUCUCCAUGGUUACCUGAUUUGUUCUAUCAAGAUCUUCAAUCUUGAAGUAAAACUUUGCUAGUGCAGCAAGACACUUUGUUUGUAGAAAA